UUGAAUUUAUCUCAUGCAGCUUGAAGACCAGCAUGACCAAGUGGAAACCUGAUUAUGACGGAGCCGCUUCAGAGAUGGCAAAAGCAGCUGUGGCUUUUAAAAAUGCAAAACAGUUUGAACAAGCGAAGGAUGCGUACCUGAAGGAGGCCGAGUACCACACAGAAAACAAAGCACUCUUCCAUGCAGCAAAAGCGUAUGAACAAGCCGGCAUGAUGCUGAAGGACAUGAAGAAAAUGCCUGAAGCCAUUCAGCUGAUCGAGAAGGCCAGCAUCAUGUAUGUGGAGAACGGGACGUCUGGCACCGCUGGAAUGGCCUUGGACAGGGCUGGGAAACUCAUCGAGCCGAUUGAUCUUGAGAAAGCCGUGGACUUGUACCAGAAGGCCGCAUCUGUGUUUGAGAAUGAAGAUCGUCUCAGACAGGCCGCAGAGCUUCUGGGAAAAGCCUCCAGACUUCUGGUGAGACUGCGCAGGUUGGACGAGGCUGCUGUGUCCCUUCAGAAAGAGAAGAACAUGUACAAGGAAAUUGAGAAUUACCCAACCUGCUUUAAGAAAACCAUCGCUCAAGUGCUGGUUCAUCUGCACAGAGGCGACUUUGUGGCUGCAGACAAGUGUGUCAGAGAAAGUUACAGUCUCCCAGGAUUCAGCGGGAGCGAGGACUGCGUUUCCAUGGAGACGUUACUGGCGGCGUUUGACGAGCAGGACGAGGAUGUGGUGUCACGCGUGUGCAACUCACCUUUACUGAAGUACAUGGACAACGACUAUGCCAAGCUGGCGAUCUCUCUGAAGGUGCCCGGUGGAGGCGGCGGGAAGAAGAAGAAACCUCCUGUUGCUCCUCAAGGGGGCAGCGCUGGCCCGACACCGGCGGAGGAAGACGACGAUUACGAGGGAGGUUUAUGUUAAUGGAGAGAACGACCAACUCCUCCAUCCGUGUGUGUGUGUGUGUGUGUGUGUGUGUGAACGAGCAUACAGUAUCAGUGUUUCCUCCCUUUGUGCAGAGAGUCAUUCCUGAGGAAUUCUGUUCCUGUUUGUCCCGCCUGUAGGAGUGUCCCGAUUAUCACAUUAGACAAACAGAAAUCCCUACACACGUGGUCUGUGGACAUCAGUUUAACAUAUUUAAUGCUGAAGAGGUUCAUUUCUUUGCCACUAGCUGCACCGAAUACAAUGAAGUGCUGCAGUGAUGACAUAUUUUUGUAGUCUGCUUCGCCCUGGUUUAUUUGACAAAAACACAAUAGGAUUUUUCUAUCGGCUUUUGGAUUAUAGUGGAAAAUAAGCUUUGUGACCAACUUAAGUUUAUGAUUCUUACACAUUUUGUUCAUCAUGAUAAUCUUCAUUACUUUCAUGAAGUUUGAAGCCUAAAUACAAUCAGCAGAAGUAAAAAGCAAAACAUAGGCUAUAAACAAACUACAUUGCAGUCACAUGACUUCACCAUUAAGCUUUAAGUCUUUCCAUUUAAAAACUUUUUUUUUUUGCUCACAAGAGCACAAUUAUAAACACAAUGAGGCUGUGAAAGUGAGUAGACUACUGAGCGACUACACUCUUAAAAAUAAAGGUGCUUCACGUUGCCAUAGAAGAACUUUUUUUUUUGUCUAAAUGGUUCCAUAAAGAUCCUUUAACCUUUAAGGUUUUUUGUGUCGAAAGAAGGUUCUUCAGAUUAUAAAAAGGUAAGAAAGAGAUGGUUCUUUAGAUAACCUUUAACUGAAUGGUUCUUUGUGGAACCAAAAAUGGUUCUUCUAUGGCAUCGCUUGAAGAACCUUUUGAAGCACCUUUAUUUUUAAGAGUGUAGUGAGUAGAUCAGUUUACGUGUUUGGCACAGGGUAAUUAUAGUUAAUUAAAACGAAAUUCCUGCUACUACCAGUGUUGGGUAAAGUUACAUUUAAAGUUACUCACUCACAUUGCAUUACUCCAUAAAAAAGUAUGCAUUAGUUACUUUUUAUGGAAAGUAAUGCAUUACAUUGCUUUUUGUCACCUGGUCUGGGCUUGCUUAUUUUUUUUUAAUAACCAAAACCCCAAAAGUUAUAUUUUUGGUAACUGUAAAGGCCCUUUCACAUCAAAAGUGAAAUGAAUAAGCCUCAGGCUGAAGGAAGUGUCUCUGCACCUCACACCCAAUUUCUCUCAACACGGGACAGGAGAGCUGUCCCAAUAAAUGGGAAAAACUAUUUUCUUGUAAAUUACUUUCCUAGUAAAAAUGUAAUCUGAUUAUGUUACUCACGUUACUUGUAAUGCAUUACCCCCGACACUGGUUACUACUAAUGUAUUAUAUGAUGUGGAAUAAAAUGUGAAAACAUCUUGUGUUAAACCACGGUCCUUAUUUAACAAAAAAACCCAUUGACUUCUGGACCCCUCCCCCCAUUGAACCUGUAAACUGGUAAGCACUGUAAGUUUUUGAUAUGUGUGUGUGUGUGUGUGUGUGUGUGUGUGUGUGUGUGUGUGUGUGUGAGAGAGAGAGAGAGAGAGAGAGAAAUCAUGUUGCAUAAAUUGCAUUUAGAAAUGUUUUCUUUUAAUUACAUAAUGAAAACGUGAAGUUGUGUAUAGAAAUUAUUUUUAUUUGUGAACACUGUCUGAUGUCAAAGUGAUGUUAAAUCAGUUUAAAACAUUUGUAAAAUACUAUAAUAUUAUUAUUAUGUACAGUAAUUUAUUGUAAGUGUUGUUGAAAUGUAAAUGUCGCUGUGGAGUGAGGCGUCAUGCUGCGUUUCCAAAUAUACAACCUGACAGUCAUAAAGAUGCAAAAAUAACUUAAUAAAAUCACAAUCUACACUGUU